UGUUGAGAUGAAGGAGAAAACUCCUCUGUAUGCCCUGACAGGACAGAUAAUGGGCAGGACUUCACCCAUAGGGCUGACACCUCAUCUGGACAGUGUCAUUGGUCAUUGGUCAACCUAUACAACGUCAUCAAGAAGAUGCCACAAUAUCCCUGGCAGUCUCAUGCCCACCCAAAGACGGAUUUUGUUCUUAAAUAGUGGCCUGUCAGACAGCGAGUCUGCGCUGGAUCCUCUGAGCUAUGAUGAUCUGAAGGAGAGUGACCGAGAGACAGCGCUGGAAUCGGGUCAGGACACAACAGAGCUGGAGACUACCUUGGAGUCGACAGAGUCUUCCUGUGGCAGUCCUGCUAUGCUGUCCCAACUUAAACUGACACCUGGUCCUCCUCUCCAGCCGGGAGGUGUGCCAUCCUGUGAGGACCAGAGGAGUGAACCCACGUACCGGUUGGUCCUGGCGGGAGAUUUGGGCUCUGGGAAGUCCAGCUUUCUCCUGCGCCUCAGUCAACAUCAGUUCAAAGAGAACAUGCGCUCCACCGUGGGAGUUGACUGCCAGAUAAAACGCAUGCUUGUGGACGGCAAGAGGAUGGCUUUGCAAAUAUGGGACACUGCUGGCCAGGAAAGGUUCCAGAGUAUUUCUAGAUCAUACUUCCGGAAGGCUGAUGGAAUUCUUCUACUGUAUGACAUCACCUCUGAAAAGAGCUUCCUUAAUAUCACCCAGUGGUUAGAGCAAAUUGAGGCCUGCACUACCAGCCCCGUGCCCAUGUGUCUGGUGGGGAAUAAGGCCGACCUGCGAGGCAAAGUGACCAGCAGUCUGUGUGUCAGCUCUGCCUGUGGGGUGCGUCUGGCCACGUCAUGCGGAGCCCUCUUCUUUGAGACCAGUGCCAAAGAUGGAACUAAUGUGGUGGAGGCUGUGCUGCACCUAGCAAGGGAGGUGAGGAAGACUCGAGGUGCGCUGACUGGCUCCACCCUGCAGCUGUCCAGCCUCGGGGGCAGAAGUCCUACUGCAGGCAGCUGCUGCUGGACCUUAGCCUGACUUUAUAUUAACAUGGGCUUAAGCGAGGCCAGUUAUAUUUCUAAACUAAAUUAAUGACCUAAUAAAUAUGUUUUAUCUAGAAAAGUUCCCUCACAUCAAUGUGGAUUUACACUUUUUUAAUGUUAAGUUGGAAGUUACCACACUCCCAGCACAAAUGUAAAAUAUGUACAUAUUGAUUGUGCGUUGUUUUUUUAAAAUGUAUAAAGCAUGUCUUCUCAAUGUCUUUACACAAUAAACUGCUAAUCUAA